CACCCCCCUCACCAACAGAACAACAGAAUGGCUAAAUCCCGCCCCACCGCCCCGCGCACACGCGCCCUCAAGCGCGCCGCCACCCCGCCCCUGGACCUUUCCACCACCAUAACCCGCCCGUCCUCGCCCCCACCGCUCCAAAAAGUUGCCGCCCUGCAACUGCGCUCCGGGACGACGACCGUCGACAACGGCGUGAAGAAAUCCAAGUCGAAGCCGCUGACGCGGCACCAGCGCGAGCGCAAGGCGAAGGCCCUCGAGCGCGCCGAGGCAGCGACAGAAAAGCUCGCCGCGAAGAGGGAGGAGAGUUUUGUUAAAGCUAGGGUUGUACAGGGGAGGCGGGGGAACUGGGAGGUACUCAACGAGAAGAUGCAGGAUGAUCUUGAGGAGGCGCUUGCGCUGGCGACUGUGCAUACGCCGAUUGAGAAUGUUAAGAAGACGGACGGACGGGGGGAGGCGGUUGCGGUUGUGCUGUGAUGUGGUGGUGGAGGAGACGACGGAUACUAUCUAUGACAGAGAGAAAGAGGGAAGGAGGGAGAGGCGUUCUGGAGUUACUCUAUAUGGCCAUGAUAAAAGUGUUUUUCGGGUUUGCGAAAAGAAAUAAGAUUCGUCAGGUUCUUCGUAUUUCUUCUCUCGUACACUUCUUCGUUUCCUCCCUUGCGUUCCCUC